AUGGUCAAGCUCCUAUCACCCGCGGCCUUCCCGCCGCGACGCCCUUCGAGCCUCUUACGAUACGCCAUCGCCGCAGUCUUCGUCUUGGCCCUCUUUUACUACUUCGACCCUCGCUCCCGUGGCAUCCCCACGACCCAGCUUCAGCCCGAGAGGCCACAGACACCUCCUCAAAAACCAGAUUCCAUCCCACCGGUUAAUACACAACAUGACGCCGAGAAGCCUAUCCCCGAGCCCGCGCCGAAGCCUGUUCACCCCAUCGACGACGAGCCCACCCAAGCUGAGGGCGCCGUUCCCAAGAAGCCCGCCGAGACGCACCCCGCCGCCACAGGGUCGCACCCUAUCGAUACGCUCAUCAAGGAAGCCGACGAGAGGUUCAAUGGUCUACUGAAGAAGGAGUCCAAGACUCUCACAGCAGCCGCCAAGGCCUACCGCGACCGCCGUGGUCGCCACCCCCCGCCCGGCUUCGACGCCUGGUUCCAGUUCGCCCAGGAGCGCAAGGCCGUCAUCGUUGAGGACUUUUUCGAUCAAAUCUACCAUGACCUGCGCCCCUUCUGGGGCAUGGAGCCUUCGCGCAUCCGCAAGGAGGCGGCCGAGUACGAGAUGACCAUCAAGGUACGCAAGGGUCGCGCCACCCGCAUCAGCGAGUGGUUUUGGACUGUCCACUGGACGAACAUGAUCAAGACAAUCGAGCACCUGCUUCCCGACAUGGACAUUGCUCUCAACCCUAUGGACGAGCCCCGCAUGGUGGUGCCCUACGAGGACAUGGCUCAGUACAUGCGUGACGCUGCCCUGACGGAGGGGAUGCCCGAGCCGAAAAAGGUCAUGAACACAUUCCAGGCGCUGCCGAACAAUAAGAAGGAGCUUGAUCGGAAUGUAAAGGUCAAGAGCAAGCACUGGGAAGAGACAAAACAGUAUUGGCUCAUUGCCCGUCGCGGAUGUCCUCCAGACAGCCCUGCCCGGCUGGCAGCGACUCAAAAAUCAUUCGACCAUACCCCAGGCAUCGGCACCAAAUACUCCAAAGCCCACAUGCGAGAUGGCUUCGUCGCGAACUACACCAUGUCGACCGAAAUUUGCCACCAACCUGACCUCCAAGGCCUCAAUGGCAUCUUCAUCGAGCCCCUCAGCACCUCCGCCACAACCGUCCUUUUCCCCAUGUUCGGGGGGUCCAAGCUGGCCAUCAACAACGAGAUUCUUCUCCCCGCAGCCAUGUAUUGGACCGAAGAGGAACGCUUCAGUGGCGGCGGGUACCAUGGUGGGCCGUGGAGCAGGAAGAAGGACGCCGUCAUGUGGCGCGGCGUUGCAACUGGCGGGCGCAACCGUGUCAGUAACUGGAGGGGAUUUCAGCGUCACCGCUUUGUCGCCAUGAACAACGCGACCAAGGUCGCCGGCGCGGAGGACGGCACCAUGGACCCCGUCAACUUUUCGCUCCCGGACAAGAUGUACAACCUCGCGGCCCAGGCCAUCAACAGUCUCGGCGAAUGGAUAGGCUCUUGGGCAGACGUGGGCUUUACGGAUCUGAUGUGCGAGCCGCAGGGCCCCGCCGGCACCUGCAACUACACGAGCCCGCACUUCAACGUCACGGAAGGCGUCAUGCUCACCGAGAUGUACGACUCAAAGUACCUCCCCGACAUUGACGGCAACAGCUUUUCCGGACGGUACCUGGCAUUCCUGGGGAGCACGAGUCUGCCCAUCAAAGCGACCCUUUGGCGCGAGUGGCACGAUAGCCGGUUGGUUGCGUGGAAGCAUUUCGUGCCAAUGGACAGCCGCUUUAACGAUUACUACGGCAUCAUGGAGUACUUCUUGGGCUACGGAGGCGACAGGCCCGCGCACGAUGCCGAGGCGGAGAAGAUUGCGAUGGACGGCAAGGCAUGGGCCGAGAAGGCGCUGCGCAAGGAGGACAUGCAGAUCUACACGCUGCGGCUGCUUCUCGAGUACGCGCGCGUGACGGACGAGAGAAGAGAGAGGAUGGGCUGGGUCCACGACUUGCUGGCGGAGAGCACGGCGACAUGA